CCCCGACCACUCCUCCGGACUCCUGUCCUCCCCACGUUUCCCCGAUCCCUCCCCGCACCGGCGGUGGCCGGAGCCGCCUCACCUCGUCGGAUCUGCCCCAGCUCGAGUGCGACAAGCCGGCGGCCCUCCCCUCCCCUCCGCCGCAGGCCGCACCGCGCCACCAGGUGCUUGCCGGAGCUGACCCACCUCGUGCGCGACGAGCCGGGCGGCCCUCCCCUCCGCCGCCGCACCUCGCCAUCACCAGAUAUCCGCACGCCGCGAACUGACACCGCCGGGUCUGUGUGUGCUGUGCUGAUUUCAGUGGAUCCUGCAUUGCGAAAUGCUUGCCAAAGGGAGGAAGUUAGCUGGAAGGGGUGACGAAAUGUCUGCACAUUAUGCAUUUGGACCACAGGAUGAUGAUGCGAUUAUUAAGCACAGGCUUCUGACGCGGACGACAACCACCAGGGGUGAACCACCACUAAAGAAGCUUCAGAAGAAGUUCAUGUCCUUUGCCACUGAGAUUGAGAAGGAUGCAGAUAACAUUAGUGACUGCGAGAGACUGUACAAGGCCUUCCUACAGGAAAUUAACACUUUUGAGCUGCCUCUUAUGAAAAGCAAGUCUGUUGUUGAUGCAAACAUUAGGGAGAAGGAGAGCUUUAAUGAGCUGCAGGUCGAGAUUGAGCGACAGAUCUUGCAAUCUCAGACUGAUAUUGAGGAUCUUAAGAAGCAACUUGAGCAGAGCAAGAUCGAGAGACAGCAUAAAGAGGAAUGUGAAGCAAUCCGGAAGCUGGUUUCCUUGCAGCCUCCACGGUCAGAAACUGAGAAACUCAUUGCAGAUCUUGAGAAGGAGAUAGCUGAUUUGGAGGCUGAGAAUGUAGCAUGUGUAAGGACUUUGGAACUAAGGAAGAAGCAAUUCGCCCUUCUUCUUCAUGUGGUUGAUGAAUUGCAGAUCUCGAUUGAAGAUGAGCAAAAGAGUAUAGCAUAUGAGCUGAGAGCUAUUGCUGAAGAGCAGAAGACGAGCAUAGAAGAAGGCAGUGGCGGUGCUUCGGAUGUCAUGGCUGUAGACUGAUCAAGAUACGUUCGCAUAUGUUGCAAACCUUUCUUGCACAAGUGCACCAUAUUGUUUUUGGGCCAUAUUGAAUCCUAACAAGUUGGUAGGAUGCGUCAUUUGAGUCGUAUGCUGCUUCUAACUGGCUGUCUGUGUACUUCGAAGAGAAAUUGAAGCACACAACAAAACUCAGUUCUCCAUACUCUGUUGUGGUCUCCAAUAUGUUUGUGCACUAUACAAUGCUUUACUGUCAUUCUGGUUGAAGUGGAAUGGUGAAUCUCGUCUGCAUCUGAA